AUGAAUGAUGGUAAUCUAAAAAUCACGAUAUCAACAUUAAAUAAUCAAGAAUAUAAUUUAAAAAUACCAAAACCACUUCUAAUUAAUUUAUUAAAUGUAGAUAAAACGUCUUCAAUAGAAAAUACUGAUAUUUUUUACUAUGAAAGUACUUUAAAUAAUCUUCUUUCAACCGAUGUUCAGUUUACGUAUAGUGAAAUUACUGGUCUUAUUACUGAUAUUGCAACAUAUAUCCAAUAG